UUUCAUUGAUCAAGCCUCGAAGGUUGUGCAUCAGUCGGUAAACAGAAUCGGCGCGUGCGCACGCCUUCACUAUGAUCUCUAUCGGAGCGCUAUUCACGAUCGCGUGCGCGGUGUCCGCCAUCGAAAUAUCUCCUAACAACACAAACACCGACCAACACGUUUUGAAAAGACUGACAUCUUUCUUAAAUACGACCAGUAGCAUAGAACCGCGAGAUAUAGAUCGGUUGAAUCAAACCGCUCAAAAACUAGGCAUCGAUAGGGAUCUAGUUGCUAAGCUAGCAGAAAAGUUGAAACAUGACUUGUACGAUAUUAAAACCGAACCAGAUUCGGGAUACAAUGUUUAUGAUGAUGGAGCUGGUAGAAAUGAGGCACCUAAAGUGAAUGCAGUAAAUGAGUCCCCUGACUAUGCCUCUUCGGUGGUUCUCGCCAGUGAUCUGCUAUCCCUAACAAGUGCAGUUGCCAACGUGAAGGAGAAAGCCUGCAGGGAACAGGGCUAUAGGUUUCUUGAUGGACUUAUCUUGAACAAGAGAUGGGCUUUGCAAAUGUUCGAUGCGUCAGCCAAGUCACCCCAAGGACUACUCUUCGGCUCUUCCUACCACAUGGGUAACUUCGAUGAGUGUGUUGGUAUCAAAGAGUCAGGGGAGGGGGUGAAUAUAGAAGGACAGUAUUGCUUAGCGACAAUCAAAUGGCGUCGGAGUGAAGAAUCCAAAAAAAUCAGAACUGGAAGGGGUGAAACACUUCGGUGGGCCGUGUGCGUCCCAAGCGCAUGUGACGCGAGUGCAGUAGAGGGUUUUGUUAGUGACGUGCUCUCUCAUACUGUGGGCAACUCUACUGGUGUUGUUGUUACCGAGAGGGACUGCUACACUAGAAAACCUCUGACAGUUGACAAACUUGAUAUUGUUUUUAUAGGCAUAAUUGUAUUCUUCUUGAUGGUCCUCGUAGUAACUACAAUCUUCGAAAUAUACACGUUUCACUGUGGUACAAAAAACAGCAGCCCAGUCCGUGAUCUGAUCAUUUCGUUUUCACUUAUCAACAAUUUUAAGAAGAUAUUAUCAACGAAACAUAACAACCUCCUCGGGUUAGAAUGUGUCAAUGGAAUCAGAGGUUUAGCAAUGCUAUUUAUAGUAGCGGGUCAUGCCUGUGCGUUCAUUGGAAGCGGCCCUGUCAUGGACGCCGAUUCAUGGGAUCAACUCGUCCGUGAUCCGAUGAACGCUUUCCUUGUGAACAACCCGUUGAUAGUGGAUAGUUUUCUAUUCCUGAGUGCAUUUCUCUUUUGCCGGCUCUUGCUUAUUGAGCUGGACAAACGAAGAGGCCGUUUGAACGUAUUGCCAAUAUUGAUUUUCCGCUAUAUUAGGGUAGCACCAGCCUACAUGGUAGUUUUAUUGUUUUAUAUGACGUGGUUACCAAAAAUCGGGGAAGGACCGCUAUGGGACGCUAAACUAAAACUGGAGCAAGAUAGAUGCAUCGACAGCUGGUGGGCUAAUAUAUUAUUUGUUAAUAACUACGUAAACACCGACAGGAUGUGUAUGUUUCAAGCCUGGUAUUUAGCGGUGGAUACGCAGAUGUUCUUCAUGGCACCGUUCUUUAUCUACACUCUGUGGCACUGGAGACGAUUCGGUCCUAUUCUCACGGCGCUGGCAACUAUCGUUUCCCUUAUCAUCCCAGCUGUUAUCACAUAUAGAGAUAGUCUGGACCCUACGAUGCUGCUUUUCGCUAAAGAGUGCGGGGACUUUGCUACGAAUUUUUACUUUGUCAAUGCUUAUGUAAAAACUCAUAUGAAGAUGACUCCAUAUUUCAUGGGCUUACUGACAGGGUAUAUAUUGCAUAGGAUUCAAACAGAAAAAUACGAACUUUCAAAUGUUCUAAAAAUCUUCGGUUGGUUGACGAGUAUCAUCUUGGGAACUGUGACAGCAUUUUCUAUUACCGUUUUCUUUCAAGACUGGUAUCAGUACAGUAGGAUCGAAGCCGCUGCGUAUAUAUCAUUACACAAAUUCGCUUGGGGUAUCGCAAACGGCUGGUUGAUUGUGGCCUGUGCCACUGGAAAUGGAGGUAUUUUAGGGAAACUGCUGUCAUGGAAAUUUCUCGUGCCUAUAUCAAGAUUGACUUUCUGUUCAUAUCUGGUUAACGGGAUCAUCGAGUUGUAUUAUGUGGGUCAAUUGAGACAUCCCCUUCACACAAAUUACUUUACAGUAGCAGCCAAUGCAAUUUCGCAUGUAAUCCUAACAUUCAUUCUUGGCAUAUUUUUAUGUAUUCUAUUCGAGUCUCCUCUGCAUGGAAUUGAAAAGAUACUAGUCAGAAUGAUAAGUCGACCAGUACUUAGCGACAAUGGAUUAAAACAAGAUGGAUCCCGCGAAACAUCCCGAAUUAGUAGUCAAAGUAAACUUGAUACGUAGCAGUUUCAUAAUCGCCGAUAAAAGACAUAGGUUAGCAGCUGUAAUAUUGCUUUAAAUAAAUCAAUAUGAUAUCGAUUGUAAAUAUA